UAUGGGUAAAAUUUAAUUAGAGAAAGAGGAUAAAAACUUAAAGAAAGAUAAAAAAUUUAAUAAAAAGAAGACAGUUUUAUCUAAAGGUGAUAUGGAUGUUGAGAAACCUAUGGGUAUUAAGAAGAAAGUGAUCAAAUAAACUAAUGAAUAAAUUAAAUAAAAGCAGCUUAAAAAGAAAGUACAUUAACUCAACCAAAUAAAAACUUAAACUCAAACUGAUACUCAAAAGAAAGCUGAAAUAUUUAAAGAAUUCAAUAAAAAUCUUGAUGAAUAGAUUCAAAUUCCAAAAACUUCAACCAAAGGAUAAAGAGAAAGAUUGUUGAAAAAAUAAAAAAUUUUGAAAAAGAAAGUAAUUUAAUCAUUAAUAUUUUAGUUAUUGGAUAAAUAUAUCAUUACCAAAUAAAAGUAAGAACCAUAAACUUUCAUAUUAGAUUCAUUGAAAAAUAAUUUAUUAGAUAUUGAUAAGCAACACCAAGAAAAACAAAAGUAAUUAGAAUUAGAAAAAAAUAAAGGAACCUCUAGUCAUUUAAGAAAUAAAUUGUUGAAAGAAGAUCAAAUUAGAAUGAAACAGGUUUUCUAGAUUAAACCAUUUUAAGAUAAUCCCUUAGCAACUAUGAAAAUGCAUUUAGAAAACACAUAUUCAAAAAAGUGA